GAAACAAACAAUGAAAUUUCGGAUAAAAUUACGAUUGAUACAGAUUUUGCAAAGUCCUUGUGGGUAGCGGUGUGCGCUUCCCCUCCCCCUCCAAUCACCAAAUAAGAGACAUUCAACCACCAAAGCUCGAGUGGUUGUCAUUACGAUAAACGAAGCCGGUAGCUCGAGGCCCAGGGCUCCCGCUUCGUUGCCAGCGAGGCCUAAUCCAUCCCUCUCCAUAAAUUGCAAUAUACUCGGAUAAUCCGAUCCAUCAAGAUGACAAACUGGAACUCGCGACGGCUCCUCGGACGGAGCAUUAUGGCGGUGCUUCCGCCCUUCAACUUCCUCACGCUUCAUUAUGCGUACUUUCUGGCGACGCCCUUGAUCUGCAGUGCUAUUUUCUGGGGUUCUGCCACCCCUGCGCGCAGUAUUGCCUAUGUCGACGCUUUAUUUAUGUGCGUCAGUGCCAUGACUGGCGCUGGGCUGAAUACUGUGGAUUUAUCCAAAUUGAAUUCAUUCCAGCAAUCCAUCCUCUUUGCGCUGCUCUUGCUGGGACAUGGAAUUAUGAUCUCCAUCACAGUGCUCUUCGUCCGGAGAAAUGCUUUCCAGUCGAAGUUUAAACAUAUCGUGGACGAGCGUAAAAGAAGAAGCGCUUCGUCAACUAAGAAUCCGAGCCAAAUCGCUCGACUGGAGCCCGUCCAUGAGAAUGGAGUCGAAGAGCAUGAGCAGUCACCAAAGUCAGGUGAAUUUGUUCUUGACGAAUCCAAAGUUACAGUGGCAGCUCGUGUCACAGCUGCGGAUGCGAAUGCGUCGUCCUCAGACGAGGACCAGAUCAAUUGGAUUGAUGAUGACCAGGUCACUCUUGGUCAUUUGAAAAUCCGACAACACCACCAUCGUGUCUUUCCCAUGGUAGGAGUUGGUGCUCGCAUGGAUCUGAACAACCAUCCUCGAGAUGUUGUCCCACGCUCGUCGCAGCGAGAAGAGGAAGAAGAGAGUAUGCCUGCGCUCAAAGGCAUUUUGAAGGGAACGCAGAAGUAUUUCGCGUCCAAGGGCAUCAUUUCACGCAAUUCUCAAUUUCACGGGCUUACCCCCGAGGAGCGAGAGAAACUAGGAGGCGUUGAGUACAGAGCCGUGUCCUUUCUACUAGUUAUUGUGACUCUGUACUGGGUCAUGUUUGUCAUCUGUGGAAUAGUUGGGAUGGGCACAUGGGUCGCAGUUAAUCAUCCAGAAAAGGCCCGGGAGAACGGGCUGUCGCCUUUUUGGACAGGCGCCUUCUUAGCAGUAUCCGCUUUUGUCAACAGCGGCAUGUCGCUAUUGGAUGCCAACAUGGUUGCAUUCCAAAGAAGUGCUUACCCAUUGCUCACCAUGAGCUUCCUGAUUUUGGCCGGCAACACUCUUUAUCCGUGUUUCCUGCGUUUCAUUAUCUGGGUCAUGAAAUGCGUGCUGCCAAAGUCCCCAUCGUGGGCCACAUGGAGAGUCACUCUGGACUUCAUCCUUGAUCAUCCUCGAAGAGUGUAUACCAACCUCUUUCCGAGACGUCACACAUGGUUCCUCCUGGCCACUAUUAUCAUCUUUAACGCUAUAGACUGGGCUGCUUUCGAGGUUCUUGCCAUUGGCAACAAAGAGAUCGAGAGCUUGCCUACAGGCUAUCGGGUUCUCGAUGGCCUAUUUCAGGCUUCAGCUGUUCGUGCGGGAGGCUUUUAUGUUGUGACGAUAGCCGAUCUGCGUCAGGGAUUGCUUGUUCUAUAUGUUCUCAUGAUGUAUGUAUCAGCAUAUCCCGUGCUGCUCACUAUGAGAACUACAAACGUCUACGAAGAACGGUCCCUGGGCAUUUACGCCCACGAACCCAUCGGCGGCGAGGAAGAAUCACGCCCGCAACCCAACCUCGUGAUUCAGCUAAUUCGACACCGCAUGCUCGGCCGUCGGGACGGAUCCAGCCACGAAGCCUCGCGGAGCUACUUUGUCCACCAGCAGCUGCGCUCCCAGCUGAGCCACGAUCUCUGGUGGAUCGCGCUGGCCGUCUUCCUGAUCAGCGUCGCGGAAUCCGACCACUUCUCGAAGCAGCCCGUCGCCUUUUCGACUUUCAACAUCAUCUUCGAGAUCGUCUCCGCCUACGGCUGCGUGGGUGUCAGCGUCGGUUACCCGGGCUCGAACGCCUCCUUCUGCGGCGCCUGGCACCCCAUCAGCAAGCUGAUCCUGGCGGCGGUGACCCUGCGGGGUCGCCACCGGGGCCUCCCGGUCGCCAUCGAUCGCGCCGUCAUGCUCCCCAACGAGUCGCUGGAGUGGGCGGAGGAAGAGGAUGCGGCGAUGCGGCGGGAGCAGUCCCGCGCGUGGGGGGCGGAGAAGAUGCCCAUUGGGUCGGUUUAGAUCGUGGAGGUGCACGUGGGCACUGAAGAUUGGACUGUUGGAGAUGAUGAUUGAGAUUGCCCUCCCUGUAUGAGGGCUGUUUGCUUGAGAUUCGUGAUUUGAUCUUCAUGCUUUGGCUACUGCUCUGCUUCUGAGAUUCUGUUGCUUUAUGUUUCUCCUGAUUUCCGACUACAUCGAUAGUCAUAAAAGUUCAAUGCUAUUCGAGUUCCAAGUUACCGAUUGGCUAUUAUUCUCCAAUGGUAGUACAAGAAUCUACAGAUGUA